CAGAGGCAGUAUUUCUAGAUGAAUGCCUCUGAAAUCUUUAUGCUACAUCGUGCCCUGCAUAGGCCGCGUAACUUUCGGAGACUGUCACAAUGUUAACAGAACUAUGUUUUCACAUCCCUUCCACCGGGAAAGCCAGGCUGUAUUAGGACGGUGACUCAGCCUGUUCUUGGAGGGUGAGAAUGAUGAUGAUUAAUUCUGAUGAACCUCCAAUGCUAACUGAAAAUAGCUUUUUUUUCUGCAAACUGUUUUGAGGUCUGAUAUCUCACAGUCCAGCAGGGCUGGAAACAGCUGCUCUAUCCCAUGAACCUGCAUUGUCCUCUAAUACCCCUUCCCCAAGCCUGAGAACAAGAGCCAGGUGGGAGGAUGACUUGCAGGAUUAUCCCUAUGCUGGGGAUCACAUGGACCCAUUGCUCUCAGAUUGUCUGGAAAGCCCUUCAAACCAGCAGAAAUCUCCCGCUUUCAUUAGUCCUUCCUGGCCCUGAGGGUUUUGCAUAGCUUAGAGACCAUGGAAUUUCAGCUCAGAGAAGCUGCUUGUUAGAGACCCAGGUCUGCCCUUCUAAAUCAGAAUGCUAGCGUUUCUUAAGCUAAUGGGCCCCAAACAUUACAGCUCCCAGCUGCAGCAUCAUGAGCCAUUGCCUGUGUGUGUGUGUGUGUGUGUGUUUUAAGUAAGGGUGUCUAUAAAAUUACCCUUUUUAGAGGAGGAGAAGAGCAGGAGAAACAAGUAGAACUGAAGGAGGUGAUUUUUCAAAGAGAAGACUGGAAAAGGAACAGAAGAGAGGGGCUUCUCUCCUCCAUUUGUCUGUCACCUCUCCAUGCACCUCCCAUCCCGUCUCAUCCCCUCCACACUUCAGCUCUUUCCUUAUCCCUUCUGACACGCCUACUUCCACAUCCUCUCACCAUCUAUCCACACUCUUCUCUUGCUCUGUCUUCUUUCCACUUUUCCAUUUUCCAUUUCCACUCACCAUUAGGUGCUAAACCCAGAUUAAAAUAAAAAGGACCAUCCCUUCGGUGGGAGAACAAAGGAGUCUAGACGACACCCCCAUACGUCAUCCAAUAAUAGCUUAAAUUUCAUGAGAAGGUAAUCAUCAUGAACAUUCAAGGCAAGCAAUUUGUGUCAGUUCUUCAGACCCUGGUUCAGCUGUGCUUUAAAUGGUGUGACCCACAGGGUCAGUCCCAGACAUUUGAGGAAAUGAAAAAUCUCAGCUGUGGCUGGAUUCAAUAUCAGAUAAUUUUCCAAAGCCAUUCAUGUGUUCAGACUGGAGAAUAGGCUUUAACUUCCAAUCUAAGUAUGCCUGAGCUUCGAGAAAUGGUUCAAAAUCUGAACCCAGAAUUUCUGCCCUUGUGGAUCUAGCAUCCCUCUCCCCACAUGCACUUUGGGGGUGUCAGACAUCCAGAUCUAGACCCAGAAAUGAAUUUUGCAGACUGGGCCUAUUUCUUGAUCAAACUCAUUGCCCCUUUCCAUCCCUCUUUCAUUUCCUUUUUGACAUGGACUCUAGCCCUGCCUCUUACUCUGAAGAGCAUUUCUCACCCCUUUUCCUUAGUUGCAUAGCUCACAUGUUGUUGUAAAGAAAUAUGCAUCAAUGUCAGUGGGACUGUGUGGGAUGGGAUGUGCUAUGAGACGGGGCCAGACCACUGUGUGGCACGCCUUAGACUGAUGGGUGACUAAUUGGUAAUAACUGAUUUUACUGAGUGACCUUCCCCCUUCAGUUCUGUCCAUAAAUGGACCGCACUAAGGGUCUGCCUGGUGCCUACCACAAGGGGCUCUUGGCCCUGCACAUUAACCCUUAUACAAGAUGGGCCAGAUUCUAAUCUGGAUUUUUACACAGAUGUAAAUCCAGCGUGACUUCAGUGGAGAUACCCCUGUUUUACACCUGUGUAACUGAAUCUGGGUCUGCCAGCCUCCUCUGAAAUCCUUUACCUUGGAGGCGUUACAUCUUAACCAACAGGCUUGUCACACAAGGUCAGUUAGUGUGUUAAAGACAUUUCAUAUGCAGGGACUGGUUUGCUUGAGCCCUUUAAGGCUAUGGGGUACCCUGGAAGCAGAACUUCUCGCUGUCUCUGACAGAACCGUACCGACUCCCUGUCUGUAUUCUGUAAACUCUCCUAGUUACUGGGCAUGGCUCCUCGUUGUUAGUGUGAUGCUCUCUGAGGUGAGUGAGACCAGAUUUGUUAGAAGACAGCUUUUGGCUUUGUAACACAGCAUGACUCCUCUCUUUUCUACUGGGGUUAGCCCUUCUGUGGCAGGGAGUAGCAGGCUCAGAGGUCCCCUGCUAGAGGCGUCAGGGUCUGACCACACCCUGUCAAAGAAAGGAGCAGAGGAGUUGAGUCCUCCAACUGGCCUAGAGAGGCUGCAGGGGCAGGGGCUAGCCCAUCAGAGGGUUGCAGGUUAGUAUAAAAGGAGCUGAAGUGCAGACCAGAGUCCAUUGCUGCCUUGAACUGGAGGAGCGUGCAUGGCAUUCCUGGUAGGCUGAAGGACUGCAGAACCACAAACAGAGCAGUUGCUGGCAGGGACUAGGGGAGUGAGAGGGAGCUCCUGGCUGGCUGUUGGGACUUGCUGUAUGCCCUUCGGUAAGGGUGAAGCAUAUAUGAAGGUGAACGGGCUGCAGGGAAGUGACCCAGGGAAAUGUAGCAGCAUCGUGAGUGAUCAAAGGGAUGCAGUGGGUGGCUGCUAUUCAUAGGGUCCUUGGGCUGAAACAUGGAGUAGUGGGUGGGCCCAGAUUCCCCAUCAUUAGCCAUUGGGGAAGCAGCCUGAAUAUUGGACUUUGACACACCCCUGGAAGAGGAUCUGAACUAUUAGUGGCCCAGCUGGAGAGCUGGGGCCAUAAAGGCCCAGAGAGGGCAAAACCAUUGUCUCCAGGGAGGGAGCGCUGGGUACCAGCGCUGGGUACCAGGGCCGGGACUGGGUAAAGACUGUGAGACUGCUUAAAGACAGAGAGGCCUUGCGAUAGGUCUCUGUUGGACUGUCUACCCUGGAAGGGGUUCAUUUUGUUUGUGUUACCUACAGACUGUGUGGGAUUCGGCUGAGUCACUGAAACCACUGACGGGUGUCACCAGAAACCGAGAGAGGUGCAGCCACGCACCCAGCCAGGGGACGAUCGUCGGAGGUUUACAUGUUCCUGGUGAAAUGGCAGGAUCUAACCGAAAAACUAGUCUAUCGAAAAUUUACGGAGAUAUAUGAAUUUCAUAAAUCCUUGAAGGAAAUGUUUCCCAUUGAAUCUGGGGACAUCAACAUUGAGAACAGGAUCAUCCCUCACUUACCAGCACCCAAAUGGUUUGAUGGCCAGCGAUCUACACAGAACAGGCAAGGCACGCUGACUGAAUACUGCUACGCCUUACUGAAUCUGCCACACAAGAUUUCCCGAUGCUCCCAUGUUCUGAACUUCUUCAAAGUCAGGCCUGAUGACUUGAACCCACCCACAGACAGCCACAUCAAGAAACCAGAGACAUAUUUAGUGCCAAAGGACUCCAAGAAAAAUGUCGCAGACAUUACUGGCCCCAUCAUCCUGCAGACUUACCGAACGAUUGCAGACUAUGAGAAGAACUCCGGCUCCGAGAUGGCUCUGAAAACUGGGGACAUGGUGGACGUUGUGGAGAAGAGUGAAAGUGGCUGGUGGUUCUGUCAGGUAAAGAAUAAACGUGGGUGGGUCCCAGCCGCUUACCUGGAGCCUAUGGAAGGUCCUGAUGAAUCUGAAGAGCAGGAUCCGAACUAUGCAGGGGAGCUCUAUGUUGUCAGAAAAGGCUACACAGCUGCUGAGGAUGAUGAGCUGACACUGAAAGAAGGAGACACCAUAGAGGUUAUCCAUAAGCUACUUGAUGGCUGGUGGGUUGUCAGGAAGGAAGAAAUCACCGGUUACUACCCCUCCAUGUAUCUGCAGAAAUCUGGGGAAGAGAACAACCCUGUGAAGAAUACGCUGAGAAACAAAGGCGCCCCUCCUCGAAGGUCGACCAUCCGAAAUGUCAAGAGCAUCCACAACCAAAUCCGGAAGCAUAUCAGCCAGGAGAUGUACAGACGGAACAGCAUGAAGUAUAGGAAGAUGAAGAUGCAGAGCAAUCUCCAGAACAAGUCCAACAUGAUCAGAGAGAAAAAUGAAAUGGUAGAAAAUGUGUCCAAGGCCCAACCGGCCGUUCCACCACGACCCAGUAAGGACCUGAUCAUGAAUCGUUGUACAGAGAGCACGAAGAACAAGAUCAAAUGAUCCCACUGGGGAAAAAAAUAAAGCUGAUGCUUAUUCUCUGCCAGGACUCUGUAGCCAGACUGGACAGUUCUGGUAAAUUUCGGCAUCUCUACAAGAGUGGCAGUUCUCACAGAGUUUCUCAGAGCUACAGGUUAUGGCACUUCAAAUUAAGGUUCCACAUAUAAUUCAGUCUCUCAACAAAUAUGAAUUGUUCUAAACUUGAUGGGCCAAAUUUAGUUUUCAUUUAUACUUGUGCAAUCCCAGGGAGUACAAUGAGGUUGAAUUGGUGCACUAGGACAGAAUUCGGCAAGAUAUUCUCAGUAACUGAUUACAUUUUAAAAAAAAGUUUACUAUGAUCUACUACACAAAAUACGGUUGAUCAAGUAUCAGAGGGGAAGCCGUGUUAGUCUGUAUCCACAAAAAUAAAGAGGAGUCCGGUGGCACUUUAAAGACUAACAGAUUUAUUUGGGCAUAAGCUUUUGUGGGUAGAAAACCCACUUCUUCAGAUGCGUGGACUGAAAAUUACAGAUACAGGCAUAAAUAUAUACUGGCACAUGAAGAGAAGUGAGUUACAAGUGGAGAACCAAUGUUAAAGGCCAAUUUAGACAGGAUGGAUGUAGUCCACUCCCAAUAAUUGAUGAGGAGAUUCACUCCAUGCAGCUGAAGAAGUGGGUUUUUUACCCACAAAAGCUUAUGCCCAAAUAAAUCUGUUAGUCUCUAACUGGUAGUGAUCAAUCUAUUGGGGAUCGAUAUAUCGCAUCUUGUAUAGAUGCGAUAAAUUGAUCCCCAAACGUGCUCCCCGUCGAUUCCGGAACUCCAGCUUGUGAGAGGCGGAAGCGGAGUCGAUGUGGGCCCGUCCUCAUGGCCAGGUAAGUCGUUGACCUAAGAUACUCCGACUUCAGCUAUGCUAUUCGUGUAGCUGAAGUUACAUAUCUUAGGUCGACCACCCCCCACUCCAACCCCCGCCCCCAGUGUAGACCAGGGCUAACAUGUCACUGGAUUCCUCGUUACAAUUGAUCAUGGCACUGAUCAUAUGAGGUGUUGGGUGAACUCAUCUCUCAUUGACUUUUUUUCAAGGUAGAGGAAGGUGCUCAGCAUUCCAUUGCAUUGAGCAAUAAGAGAUUCUUAAUUGAUUCUUUUCCCACCAUUUGUACUUGGAACCUAGAUGAUACGGUUUGCACUUAUUAUCUUGCUUUGUAAUAUAGCCAUUUUUGGUGACUGUUAUUGUAGGAGACUCCCAUGUAAAGUUAAUACAUACAUCUCUUUUAAUCCA